UUUUAGUGUCAUAUCUGAUGUUGAAAAGAAUGGGCAAAAUUUUGUAUACCUGUACCGUACCAGUAUUAGAAUGGUACCGAACAUAAAAUAUCAGAGGUGAAUGAGGAUAGUUAAACCCUCGUGGGUUCGAUCAAAAGAGCCGCUCUUUUCGUGUGAUGUUCACCCUGAUGGUAAAAAAUUUGCUACAGGAGGACAAGGAGAGGGCAAUGGUCGCAUCACCAUCUGGCAUGUAGCACCUGUAGCUCGACAGAAAGCUGAGAAGUCUGCCUUCAAGAAGAGUAUUGCCACACUUGAGCACCACCAAGGAUGUGUCAACUGUGUUAGGUGGUCCAGCAGUGGUCAAUUUCUAGGAAGUGCUAGUGAUGAUAAAGUAGUGAUGAUUUGGGGGGCUGUGAGGUAUGAGGGUUCUGAGUCAGAAUCUUAUAAGUGUCUUCAUAUCUUGCGUGGACAUGACGGUGAUGUGCUGGACUUGGCUUGGUCUCCUGAUGAUUCCUACUUAGCAUCCUCAAGUAUUGAUAACAGUGUUAUCGUGUGGAAUUGUCGGAAUUUUCCUGAAAAGCUGACUACAUUAAAAGGUCACGAUGGUAUGGUGAAAGGUGUAGUUUGGGAUCCUAUCGGCAGAUAUCUGGCCACUCAGUCAACGGAUAGAACUUUGCGAGUUUGGCGUCUGUCUGACUGGCAGGAGGAAGCUAAGAUAAGCGACCCAUUUUCAAAAUGUGGAGGAACUACAACCGUUCUCAGGAUCGGUUGGUCGCCUGAUGGUCAGUACAUCGUGUCCUCUCACGCAAUGAACAACGAGGGCCCUGUCGCAAAGAUUAUUGAAAGAGAGGAUUGGAAAGCUAGGAUGGACUUUGUUGGCCACCGUCGUGCAAUAGAGAGUGUCAGAUUCAACCCUCAUCUAUUCUACUACAACAAAAGACCAGUAUCAUGUGUAGCUAUUGCUGGUAGAGACAGCAGCAUAUCUGUCUGGUUAACUGCUCUGAAACGGCCCCUGUUUGUUCUGCAUGAUGUCUUCACCAGCUCAGUGCUGGACAUGUCCUGGACUCCUGAUGGAUACGGACUUUUUAUCUGUUCUCUUGAUGGGAGUUUAGCUUAUAUUGAGCUGAGCAGUGCUGAAAUUGGUAAGACUUUGUCCCCUCAGCAGACAGCAAGCUUGAGAAGUAGUUUGUACGGUUCAUUUAAACCGGAGAAACUCACUAUCAUAGAAAAUCCUGAUCUUCUUGAGGAUGAAGAAGACCAAAAUGGUGAUGAGGAAUCUUUGAGCAGCGAUUCAGAGGAACCAAUGGAUGUAGACACAACAGAUGAGCUCAGUACAGAAGCUAGUUCCAAGUCAAGGGAGGGUAGUCUGCAGCCGGAACCUCGUCACCAACAUAACGGUUUCUCCACUUCAAACAACGGGGGAUUCGCAAAUGCCUUCUCUAAUUCAAAUGGUAAUGGUAAAAACGAUAAAAUUCUCAGCUCUGUCCCCGACAAACUGUCCUUACGUUUUGAAAAGCCCUCAUCCUCCUCAGUUUCCUCCAAACCUUCCUCCUCAGUAUCCUCACCUGUAUCCUCUAAUGUAUUUAAUAAGCAAGUAGAGACCACUACUAAAGACGGCAGAAGGAGAAUCAUGCCCAUUACACUGAAAGAAGUUCCUGUAGCGUCUCAGAAGCCUACUCAAGCAACCAAACGGGUGCUGUUAACCCCAGUAUCUAACUCUAAAGCUUCUGAAGUGCUUCCCUUAGAGACUAAAAGUAGUGCUAUUAGUCUCGGUGACAUUCCAGUUAAAUUGUCAAACCGUUUACAACCAGUUAGGAAAACUCCUGUUUUAAAAACACAACAGAAAUUAGAAUCUAAAGACAAACUUUUUGCCUUGAUUUCUGGUUGCAGAGUAGAGGUUGAUAACAUUCAGAACAUGGUGAGUUUCACUCUGGGACCCAAGUCUUGGAAGACAGUUAUAUACAGCAAGGCUACAUCACUCUCUGCGGGAGAUAGUUACCUGGUGUUGGGAUGUCAAGAUGGCACACUUCAUGUUUAUAACAAACAGGGGGUUUUAGCAUUUCCUGUUCUCAAUGUGGGGUGCUCUAUUGUAAAGUCUGCUGUUAAUGGGAAUUAUGUUGUGGUGAUCACUAGUGCUCCUGCUUUGGCAAUUUGGAACGUUGCUGAGAAGAAGAACGUUCUCAAAGAUGAAUCUCUUGCGUCAUUCAUGACUGAAAACCAGUCCAUCUGCAGCCUGGAGAUCACAAAAGAAGGAAAUGUAACAAUUGGACUGAGCAACAAAACCAGCUACUGUUACAGUUACAGUCUAUCAGCAUGGAUGUUGAUCGGCCACCACCAACUAGACUCGACCUGGUACAAAGAACUCCAAACCAACAAACAACAAACCACACCCUCUCAAAUCCUGUGCCCCAUCCUCCAGACCCACGUCUCCACCCCCGACACCAGCUCCACCAACAGAGACAAGCUCCACCUCAACACUGUCCUCAUGUUAGAGCAACAGAUCCUGGUAGCGGAGAACCUGAGUUCUUUCUCCGAGUGCAGGCUGUGGUUAUCCUCCCUGGUCCGGUAUCUGACCAUGCAGCAAGAGGAGGACAGGCUACACUCACUUCUCCAGCGCCUCAUUUCCUCACCUCUACCCACUCUCUUCAACGAGGACAAACUGAGUGUCCUGAAAGAGCUGUUGAAGAUAGUUGCUACUAAUGUUAAUUGUCAGAGAGUUUAUUCCGAUUUUAAGCAACAAGUUGAGUGGGCUGAAACUAAGAGGUGACAGGAUUGUACUGUAGAAUUCUUUAGAAUUCUUUAGGUUAAAUCAUUUUUAUGGUUUUUGGCACUGAAAUCAGUUUUUGUUUUCGAAACGGAAAUUUUUGUCAAUCUUGUCCAGAAGGUUAAGUUAUUUUGUAAUUACAGGAUUGUACUGUAGAAUUCUUUAGGUUAAAUCAUUUUAAUGGUUUUUAGCACUGGAAAUCAGCUUUGGUUUCGGAACGGAAAUUUGUGUCAUUCUUGUCCAGAAGGUUUAGUUAUUUUGUAAUUUGUUAACUCUUUGAAUUUAAGUAGGGCUACUGAUUUGUUUCUUAUAAAAUAGGACAAUGUCUCGCUUUUGAAGUUUUAACUGGUUUAUUUAUUCAUAAUAAUUUAAAUAUACGCAACAGGACUGCAUUAGCAAUGUUAUUUUUUAUUGUAUUUGUAACAUGAAAUAAAGAACAUUUCUUCA